AAAAAAAAUUAUAAUGCAAGAAAAAAAAAAAAAAAGGAAAACAGUAAAUAAUAUUGACCAUAAAUCCCAAUUCUAAUCAUACUCACCAUUGCUCCAUAGAAAUCUCACAAAGAGAAGUAAGUCCCCAUCGGCCCUAAACACAAAGGGCCCAUACUUCCAAAGAGAAGGUCACUAAACGCUGCUACCAAAGACCUGAGUCCGUUCCAGCGGUCAGCGGAAAAGCUAAAAAGGCGAGGCGACGAUUUCUGGCUGUUCCCGAGAUUAACGAGCACCGGUCAUUGGAUGCUUCGUUGGGCAGACGUGCAGCUGGCAGGGGAACUUUUUUCCUUUGGCACCGAGAGCCUGGCUCUGCCGCGGAUUUCUGCGGUCAUGAAAGUCACUGCCACUCCUAUCGUACUGAGGACUCGAACUCGGUCAGGACAGUGUGGGAAUGGUGGAUCAGGGAGGAGACUCUCACAGACUAUCAGCCUGCCAGACUAGUCCGGAGAAGGCACAGUAGCAAUACUACUAGGUACUCUCAUGUGUAAGCAAUACCCCUCCAUGCAAGCAAUUCACUACCACUACAUCCGACUUAUACUACCACUGUACAGAGUUUCAUGUACCUUGUAUGUACAGAUAGCACAAUACAGGAAUCAAUUUGAUAUCAUAUGUAUGUAUGCAUGCUGUAGGAUAGAUAAUAGUAUAGAGUAUCGUAUCCUCAGUUCUUUUUUUACUUCCUUCGAGUUCUCAAUUCUAUCUAUCUCUCUGAAUAUCCUCAUCAGCCGGAAUAGCCGGUAUCCUGAUACGACGUAGGUUCUAACUAUGGAGUAUGUAGUCUUGGUACUGCCAGUGGUAACUCCAAAGUAGUCGGUAUCCGAACCAUGGAAUGACC